AUGUCUACUGAAUCUGGGUCCUCCUGGAUUCAGUCUGUCAGCGACAGAUCGCCACGUGCAUACUUUGAAGCAUUUGAUAUCUACGUCAAGCAACAUGGACACCAGAGAUACACGCAAGCGAUCCAGGAUAGCAACCUGGAUAAGGACACCAAACAGGAGCUAAUGCAAAACUUCGCACACUGGAAGGUCAACGAUGGAGUACAAUUUUGGCUGGACCGGCAAUCUCAAUCCUCUCAAAUGACAAUCGCGUCAACUCUCGUCAAGGGAUCAGAGUCUUUGCCAAAGACUCUAUUCAUCCUUGACAACGAUUCUAUUUAUCUAUCUCAGACCGAAAACGGAAAGAAGCGGAGUCUUGUCACGACCUUUGUCGAAAAUCCGCAAAAGACCCCAAGGCGACGAGUAGCCCCCUCACCCACGCCACGAAUCUCGACAACCUCAAUGGACAGCCCAAACAUUAUCCAGUCCACACACAGAGAGGAGAAUCCAUUCGUGGAUGAUGUCGAUGAAGACGAUUUUAUGAUUCCAGACACAGAGACCUCCUAUUGCUUUUCAGCGAUUCUUGACGGACUGGACGUUGGAGGUAGCUUUGGACAGCUGUUUCAAGACCACUUUGAGGAUCACGAUUUCGAUAGGGCUAAGUGCCUUGGGUUCUUGUUGCCUUGCGCACCAGACAAGAACUUGUUUUUGGACUUUAUCGACACGACGAAUCUCGCUGGAAAGGCAACCAACAGCAGAAAAGAACCGGACCUAGGAUUGGACAUCAAGGAUGACGCCAACAAAACAAUUUGUAAUGUGGGCAUUGCAGAAGUAACCUCGAUUGCACAGAAAGGUUGCAAGAAAAAGAAUGCCAAAGACCUUGUACGUGUUGGUGAGAUGUUGAAGAACGCGCUGGACCGUCUGCAGGAUGAUUUUGGCAUCACUGAUGCAGUUGUACCUGGCUGGCAGGUCAUCGCGCAGGUUAUGUCCAUUUACAUCAUGUUCAGAUGCGGGAACCUUUAUAUCUUGGUGUAUGUGAAGGAUGUAACCAUUCCGGACAACCUGACCGAUCUGAAGACGAUGGGUGUUGAUAUCAAGACGUGGCUCGAGUUGGAAGCAACGAUUUCGUUCGGAUUGCGCAGCAGUGUCUUACCAUAG